AUGCCCCGUACGUCAAUAGACUCAAAGGCUGGCGACCAGGUAAAAUAUCCCGACACGGGCGCUUUCCAAGUCUUCAACACGCCAUGUCGCUUGGAGGGGGACAUCUUUGAUCUCGAAAUAGAUGGCAAAACCCCCCCACCCCCCCCCGAGAUCAACGGAACUUUCUACCGACGUUAUGUCAGGUCUUACAGGUUCCUUGCAGAGAUAGCGGUGAGGAAGAGCUUGUUCGGAAGAUACAGAAACCCUUUUAAAGACCCCGAAGCGGUCAAAGGGGAAGACGGCCCCCCAUACGCCAUGGAUCCCGUGACGCUGGAGACAAUUGUCAGGUAUGAUUUUGAGGGCCAAGUCCGGUCCCCUACCUUUACUGCUCACCCGAAAUUCGACCCCGAGACUGGCGAAAUUCUUUGCUUCGGCUACGAGGCCGGUGGUGACGGGCAAGACGGGUCUUGCGGUAUUGUUGUGUACACAUGGUACAAAGCACUAUUCUGCGGCAUGGUUCAUGACUGUGGCAUCUCCAAGAAUUAUGCUGUUCUCCCCAUGACUCUCCUAAAGUGCUUGCUUGACUGGCUGAAAAAUGGAGGCGAGGCAUGGGAUCCGGAUGCGCACAAGCCUCUUUUUAGAGGCUUAACGCGUAUACUUCUAAUUGACGACGGCUUUGCGCACGAGGAACUUAAUGGUAAAAGGGGGCUAGAGUUUCCCACGAGAGCUAGGGGGGGCCUUGCAAGUCCUGACGCAAACGGAGAAUUUUCGCGCAUUAACGACCGCUGCGUCACCAAGAAAAACAAGCACUUUUGGCAAGCCACGGUCGACGGCGCCCAAGAGUACAACGCGGCAGGAUGUGGCUCGCCGGCUGGGGGGCUCUUCAACUGCAUCGGAAAUUACACGUGGGACAAGGGGAUGGUGCUGCUGAGGGGGGCCUGGCUGACCGCGCUGCUGAACCACCUUGACGUCUUGCGCAACAACGUCGUAAUCCUCGACGCCUUCAAGGUUGCCGCUGGGCUCGCCGCCACGAUCUAUCUUCCGGUGAAGCUGUGUCUCGGGCUGCAUGGGAACUUUGUCUACUACGUGAAAUUGACGCCUGGCAAUCGCGAAGAUCUCUUGGGAGGGACCUGGGUCUUAUUGAGCAUGCGCAGAAACCUCUGGGGUGGCAAGUGGAGGCAUUGA